UCUCUCUCUCUCUGGUGUCCAGAAAGAACUCUCUCUCCCUUUCUCUCUCGCCCAUCUGUCCUGCGAGCGCUCCUUUUUCUCGUGUCUCUCUUUGCAAGUCGUGAUAUUUUUCUUUCUCGGAACGAGGAAGGGAAGGGGAAAUUGCAACCCACCUUUUCUUUUUCUUUUUUCGCGUGUUUUGUCGUCAAAUUCGGCCGAUUUCUCCCCCUUGGUCUUCCUUCUCUGUCCGUCGCGAGAGGAGCGGCUGCAGCAAUUCGGAGGCUGAAUCGGGAAGAAUUAAGAUUGAAAGUCGGAGUUUCGGGAUGUGGGUACUGUUGAAUCGGAUCGGAGAAGCUGUUCUUCCUUCGCAUCGAGGGUGGUAGUUGCUGAAGCUGUCCAAUUCUCGGUAGGAAAGGAGGACCAGAGUCAGUUGAACCGUCAAUUCUCUUCCUUUUUUGUUUUUUUUUUUUUUUCUGGGGGGAAAAGAAAUGGAGAAGUGCUCGAGGGAUCUGCUGCAGAAGUUCAUGUGCUCGAGCAGCGGCGUGCACCGGCCGGAGUACCGGACGCCCAACGAGGAGACGGAGGAGCUCGAGCUGAGCCUCGGGCUGUCGCUCGGCGGCAAGUUCGGGGUCGACAAGAGCUCCGGCAAGCUGUUCCGGUCGUCGUCGAUAGCCGGGGCGAUGACCCUCUUGGGCGACGAGGACAACCCCACGACGUUGCCGUCGGUGCCGUACCCGUCCCUCAUGAGGACCUCCUCAUUGCCCACGGAGACGGAGGAGGAGUGGAGGAAGAGGAAGGAAAUGCAGACGCUGCGGCGGAUGGAGGCAAAGAAGAGGCGGUUGGAGAGGCAGAGGAGCUUGAAGACCGAGAGGGAAGGCGGCUGUGACGACGAGAAGCCCGACAUCGAGGGCAAUUUGGGUUUGAAUUCGAGGGAUAAGCAUCAGAUUUUGGUGGCUAAUGGGGUGUGCCAUGUACGCGAAAUCAAAUCGUACAUAAAUGACGGAAUCCUCCAACGCCCUGAAAGUUCCUUGAGGUGUUACAAUAGUAAGCUGCCGCCUUUUGGGCUGGCCGGUUGGGCCGAAGCAGCCAAACAGGCCCUAAUCGGUGCCGGGGUUGACGUGGGAAUCAAAGGGAAGUGCAGGGCAUCUGGCGGUGGCGGCGGAGGAUCGGCGGCGCCAGGGGUGGAGGCACAAGGAAAGAUCUCAUUAGAUAGGUCAGAAUCAGAUAUUAAAACUGCUCUAAUUCAAGGAUCGAGCAGUUGCAGGCAUGACAACGGCUCCAUUGUUAAGCAGCUCCUGCAAGAAGCAAACAAUAAACUGGUGCGUACCCUUUCGUCUAAGGCGGAUGAGAAUCUGAACAAUACUCUAAUAAGAGCAGAAAAUCAGAGUCCUCUCAAGAAAUCCAAUUCGGUGGAUAAUGGGGGCAAAGAUUUCGUGACAAACGCAACAGUGGAUAUGCCCUGGGUUUUCACGCGCGGUGAUGGUCCAGACGGGAAGAGAAUAGAAGGCAUACUGUAUAAGUAUGGGAAGGGAGAGGAAGUUAGGAUAGUGUGUGUGUGCCAUGGAAAUUUCCUCUCGCCCGCAGAGUUUGUCAAGCACGCCGGCGGAGGUGAUGUGGCUAACCCUCGGAAGCAUAUAUUUAUCAGCACAAAUCCUGUUAUUUCUUAGUGAUAGUAGUAGCUCUGUCGCCCCCGAAAGAAAUAGUGGGGGGCGGACCUGGAAGGGAUAGAGAUUUUUCAAAAUUUUCUUGUUUCUCUCUGGAAUCUUUUGAAUUCUUGAUUUGCUUUUCCAUUCUUCAUCUGAAUAGAUCUAUACAAAUCCGAGAUGCCCUCUUUCCCUGGA